UUCGCCUCUUGCCUGGAAGUAGAGGGAGUCAUCACACACAGAUUGUACUAUAGUGUAUAGGAGGAGGGGACCGUUACGUUGCGGGUGCUUGGUUUCCCCCUCCCCCACGUUACACACACACAGUGCUGGAGGGCAGAGCGCGAGCCGGGACGUUGCAUUCUACGGUGAACGCGGAGGGGGGAGGCGGCGGUGUGAUUGGCUGCCGGGUCGGGGCAAGACAAGCGGCAUCUGUCCCCCCCUCCUCCUCCCCUCGCUCACCAACUGCUGGCAGCUCGCGGGCGGCGGCGCGAGCCCCGGUUGGCACAGGGAGGGGUGUCGCUGACAGCACCCCCGGCCCUCGGUCCGAGCUGGCGGAGACGGAGAGAAAAUGCGGUAAGGGCAGAGUUUUGAAAGACUGCAAGGGCACUUAAGAUGCUUGAGCAGAUGAGAUGAGUCCGGCUCAAACCAUUGCCUAGAACUGUCUGAUUAAGAACAGUUCUGCAUAGGCAAUAUACGAAUGGCCCAAGGAAGCCCGCAAGUUGACUUUCAGGUUUUAAAUGACCUGCGGCAAAAAUUCCCUGAAGUGCCUGAAGUUGUUGUUUCUCGAUGCAUGCAGCAGAACAACAACAACCUGGAUGCUUGCUGUGCUUUUCUAUCCCAAGAAAGUACUAAAUAUCUAUAUGGUGAAGGGGAUCUCUCUCUCUUGGAUGAUCCUAGCAUUGUGGGGCUAAGAAACCAUAUGACUUCGCUGAAUUUGAAUUUGGACUUGCAGCCACAAAAUGUGUACUGUGAUGGAAGGGAUGGAAGUAGGAUGAAUGGAAGCAGUAGGACUUUGACCCACAGCAUCAGUGAUGGACAUCUCCAGGGAGGGCAGGCCAAUGAUGAGCUUUAUCAACAAGAGCCACAUACUGCACCUCCACAUCCUAACUUUAAUGUCUUUGGAAUGACCAAUACAAUUGGUUCUUCAAGCCAAGGGCAUCAGUUUGGACUUCAUGUAGGUAGUAAAAGUUCAUCAGUAUUACAAACACCCAGGUUCAGCCCUAUUAUGGUGACAUUGGCUCCAAACAUCCAGUCUAGUCGUAAUACCCCUACAUCUUUGCAUAUACAUACUGUGCCUCCACCUAUAGUCAAUAAUCCACACGGCAAUUCUAUCUAUAUUAGGCCUUAUAUUACUUCUCCAGGUGGGACAGGUCGACAGACACAACAGCAGCCAGGGUGGAUGUCUCAGAUUCCUCAGCAACAAGUCUACCAGCAAUCCCAGUCAAAUCCCUGGACGUCACUUCCUUCCUCCAAUACUCAGCCACAUACCUCAUUGCAACAGUCAACGCAAUCAAGCCAGCAGGGUCACCAGACUUCCCAUGUCUACAUGCCUAUUAGUUCACCCACCACUCCUCAGGCACCAGUACUUCAUUCAUCUGGUGGACUGUCACAACCCUCCACCCAGUACAAUAUACAGAAUAUCUCAACAGGCCCUAGGAAAAACCAAAUAGAAAUUAAACUUGAACCACCACAGAGAAGCAAUUCAUCAAUGAUGCGUUCCACUGGUUCUCGAAGCUCUACCAACCCUUCUUCCAACAGCCAUACAAGAAACCAGCCUACUGUUUACAUUGCAAGUCCUCCGAACACAGAGGAAAUGAUUGGCCGCACUCAGCCAAAGGUCUACAUUUCUGGUCCAGGUGGGGAUGACCAGGUUGUUAGGAACCAGCCUACACUUUUCAUAUCCACAAACCCUGGAUCUUCUUCCACAACACGGAAUGUUUCUGGACAAGUAAGCAUGGGCCCUGGACCUGCUUUUAUCCACCAUCAUCCACCCAAGAGCCGAGCACUAGGCAACAAUACCUCUGCCACAUCUCCACGUGUGGUAGUGACUCAGCCCAACACAAAAUAUACUUUUAAAAUAACUGUGUCACCAAACAAACCUCCUGCAGUUUCUCCAGGGGUAGUAUCCCCAACGUUUGAGCCCAAAAAUCUCCUUAACCUUACUGAUCCAUUUGAGUCAGAAGGUAUGCAUCAUCUAACGGACCCUGUUUUACCACACGAUCGGAUCAGUGAUGCACGGAAACUAAGUGUUGGAUCAGAUGAUGCAGAAUAUACACAAGCUUUAUUGGUACAUCAGAAGGCAAGAAUGGAGCGACUACAUCGAGAGCUUGAGAUGCAAAAGAAGAAGCUGGACAAACUUAAAACGGAGGUCAAUGAAAUGGAAAAUAAUCUCACACGGAGACGUCUAAAUAGGUCAAAUUCUGUUUCACAGAUUCCAUCACUAGAAGAGAUGCAACAGUUAAGGAGCUGUAACAGACAACUGCAGAUUGAUAUUGAUUGUCUCACCAAAGAAAUUGAUCUGUUUCAGGCCAGAGGACCACAUUUUAAUCCUAGUGCUAUACAUAACUUCUAUGAUAAUAUUGGAUUUCUUGGUCCAGUGCCACCAAAGCCUAAAGAUCAAAGGUCCAUCAUUAAAACACAAAAGAAUGUGCCAGAUACAGAAGAAGAUGAGGGGGCACAGUGGAAUUGCACUGCAUGUACUUUUCUAAACCACCCUGCCUUAAACCGUUGUGAACAGUGCGACAUGCCCAGGCAUUACUGAGCCAGUAGGUCCUUACAUGCGUUUAAUUUGGGAAUUAAAAGAAAGAGACCAUUUCUGGAUAAUAAGAAUACAUAAAUCUGAAGGUGUGGCCUUUUGGUGUAAUUUUUUUUUUUUUUUUAAAUAAAUGUAAAACAUCAGCCCACAGAGAUUAAUACCUCAGUGUUGUAAUGUGCGCAGUUGGGUUGUUUUUUUUUGUUUUUUGUUUUUUUUUCUUUAAAAUCAUCUGAUCAGUGAUGUGCUGAUAUACUUGGUUCCCAGCUGCCUGUACCAUGUACAGUAUUACUAACCAGCCAAAAAGAAUCCGUCGUCUUGUGUGCAGUGUUCUGGGUCCUUUCUUCCAAACAGCAUAACAAAUGUACUGAUGUGUUCUGGUCCUUCAGCAGAAGAGCAGAGCAAUGGAUUCAAGAUUUAUUUUAUUUUCCCUCAGUCUAAAAAGCAAACUAACCACAAACACACUACGAACACAGAGGAAUUGCAGCUUGCUGUUACGCGUUGCUGCCACAGGACUGAGGAAGGACUUACAGUUCAGUGUCUUUAGCGCCCAGGAACCUCCCUUGACUUGUGAAGCCAGCUUUUAUAAAGUCAAGUCUAACAAAGAAAUUGAAAAACUGCAUGCAUUGUCUGUAUGAUACAGUGAAAAUACCAACAGCUUUUUCAGUUGUACAUAGCUCAAAAGCCUGCUUUAAGUGAUUUUUUUCUCUCUUCAGUUUCACUGUUAUCCCCUGUAAUUCUAUAUGUAUAGUGUAAUAGGGUUUUGUUAACUUUUUUCCUUAUUUGAAAAAAAUGAUUUUAGCUCAGUCAUUGCCCUCCCCUUGUAAGCGUUUGUCAAAGAAUUGGUGCCUUAAUUGGUGUGGGAGGGAGUAAAGCAUUAACAAUAUGAAACUAUGCACAUUUAUCUCUCUACAUCACAGCCUAUUGGUCUUGUAAAUGUUAAUGACCUGUGAAGACCUGUAGAAAAAAAUAUAGGCUAAAUGUUUAAGGGUACACAGAUUAUUUUUAUGUACAUAUUGAAUCUUACAGUGGGUGACACAGCCUCAGAAUGUACACUAUGUAUUCUUCCAAUUUGUGAAAGUUUCAGCAAGCAGGAUGAAUGACCUUUCCACACAUUUUCUUCCUUUAAUAUCUGUUACAUAUAUCUACAACAAAAGCUCUUUAGAAAUGUGAUACAAGGUGGUUUUUAAAAUUUAUGUAAAGACAAUGGAAGUUACAUUUGAAGUUGAUGCUUCCUUCCAUGUCACCAGUAUGAAAUUCUGUUCAUGUGUUUGAACAUUCACAAGCUCAUUAAAUGCAGGUUGUAUUCCAGGAGUAACUGGAUAUACAAUUUAUAUAUUAAAUUAUAACAGACUAAGCAGUCUGUUAUGUGCAUUUCAGUCACAUGUUUAGGCUUUGUGGCUUGGUGUGAGCUACAUUUCUGGUAAACCUUAAACAUGUAACACACAUUUCUAUAGUCUGUGUUUUUUUGUUAAACUUCUCAUCAUUUGUUUUAAUUAAUGAUAUACAAAGUCCAAGUAUUUGCUGCUUUAGUUUUCAAAUGAAGGUCAGUUAGGGUAGAAACGAUAAAGUAUUUUUCUUAAUGUCCAAUUAAUUGCAAGGGAAAAAUAAACCAAAUAAACUAAUCAAGUGUCAUCCACUGUAAAUGAUUACAUGAAUUUAAUCAUUGGUUUCUGGAUUAUUUUUUUUAUGAAUUAUUUUUUUUUUUUAUACCAAUGAUCUAAAUAAAUGUGAAAAGCCUUUCUUCUGAAGGCUUCUCAUUUUUUGUGUUGCAGGAUAUUAUCCCAGGUAACUAACCCGUCAAGUGUUGCAGAGAGGCGUGUGAUGUUUUAAGGCCUUUCCAGCACUGUAAUGGGGUUCAGCAGCAGACCCAAAGCACUUAACAAGCAAUACUUUUUGUUAAAAAGACAUUUUUUUUUCAGCUUCAUCUGCAGUUUUCUGUGAAGAUUGACAAAUCAAUUUUUACUUGUUUUAUUAAUAAAACCUAAUUUGGAUAUCAUGAGUUUAUGGUUUUGUGAUUUAGCUGGGUAAACAGUCUUUGUAACAGAUAAGUUAUUUAUAAAAAUUAAAAAAAAUAUAUAUAUUCUAA